AUAACACAUGACACAUAUUAUAUAAAUAUUUCAAAGCAGUUGUUAACCAUCAGUACAUAGUGAAACAAAAUUCACUGAAAAAAAUUACACAGUAUAACUGCGGUGACUUUUAAACUGAUGAACAUGAAGUUCUAUAUUAUAAAACCACUUUACACGGCCCUUUUUUCGGUGAUUAUUUUUGCGGCGUUAUCAUCAUCAUUCUCUGACUUAAAAUAUUUUACUACAGAAGAUGGAAAAGAGUACGUGAAUUCGACAUAUGAAAUAGUUAGAGGAGGAAAUAAAGUUUUAUUUAUAGAUUCAUAUAGUAUUCCAGGAUUGGAAAGUUAUAGGAAAUUAACUCCUAAAGAAAAAUUAGUAGUACAGAAUUUACAGAAGUCAGGAAAGGGAGGAAAAUUACGCGUGGCUGGAAAUAACAAGGAACAAAGUGAAAAAGAGCGCCAACAACGAGAUGCAAUAAAUAAGGAGGAUCGAAGGCAGCAUGAUGCAGAAAAAGAAAAGGAGCGAAGACAAAGCAAUCGUGGAAAGGGUGUAACAAAUUUUAAUAUUACAAAAAAAUAUAAUAUUUUUAGCUGUAUCACUUCAUUAUUAAGAAGAAUCUUUAAACUAUAAUCACAUAGUAUACCUAUAGUACCUACAUCAUCACCCAUACCAUAACUCUCAUAUUGAAUUACCAUUUAAAAUCAUAAGUUAUUUAGUACUAUAAUAGUUAUUGGUAUACAUUAUAAGGUAUACUUACGCUUACAUAUUUACUGUAAAACUGUAAACACAUUACGAUAUUUAAAAUAAUAAUAUGCUUUACUUUAUAUCUUAUAUUAAUUGUGUAAAAUGUCUAUAUUUAUUUACGAAUAAAUGAAAAUCUACAGCAUUCUAA